GGCGUCUGGGCGUCCGGGCGCCGCGUCUACCCGCGGUGCAUGGUGGGGCCGUCGCCUCAGACAACCAGGUCCGGCCGGCCCCGAGGCUGUGCGGAGCCGGUAAGGCGGCGGAAUGCACCGGGCUAUCACGCCAUCCGCGUACCUGCCGAGCCCCGACUACUACAAGAGGCUGGACCACCUCCAGCAAGGGCUGCGGGACAGUGAAAAGAAGAGAUUGGAGCUGGAAAGGAAACUUGAAUGUAAUCCAUCUGAUAUAUGCAGAGUUAAGCCGAAGUAUGGAGAACUAAAGAAGUACCUGAAGGAAAUAUGUGAAUCAGAAAAGAGGGCUCGAACUCGAAACCAAGAAUACUUAAAGCGGUUUGAGCAGAUCCAAGCUCACCUUGGGCACUUUACCACAAAGGCAGAACUGAAGCUGCAAGAACUGAAGGUUGAAUAUGAGACUCAACUUAAGAAGAUGCAGCUACUUUCAAAAGAGGAAAAGAGUGACGUGAAAGAGGAGGAUGGAGCAAAGCUUGUAAUGCCAGCAAAAAUUAACUUGGGGACAGCUGUGUCAAGAGGAUUGUAUCAACCAGCAACAAUCUUUAUGGGCCGCCAAAUGUCAGCCGUCUCAAGCAUGGGGGAUUUCAGUGCAGAGCAGAAAUCUCCCCAGCCCACAAAGAACUUUUCAAUUCCUGACCCACAUUCACACCGACAGACAGCCCAGCGCAGUGAUGUGACAGACAGCAAUGUAGUACAAACUAAUGGUGACACGCAGUGCUUAAAUAAGUCUGACAAAACAGAUGGAAAGACAUCUCUUCAGAUUGGUGAGAAAAUGCCCGUCACAGCCAGCGCCUUGUCUGAGGAGGAACAGACUCAUUGCUCCAAGAUAGGAAGCGGUGCCUGUCUUGGCAAGAGUCAUUUAUCUGAAGGCAGAAGGUCCCCUGGGCUCUAUUCCCCGUUACAGGCGAGAUUAAGCCCAAAGAACAGAACCACUGAUUUAAAGUGCGACGGUUCCAGCAGAUUGGAGGGAACAGAGGCAGAAAUUCUGACACGGAAACAUAUUGAAGUUGAGGAAGAAAGAGCCAGACCGCUAGUCCCCUUGCUAUCAGCCUCAGAAUCCUGUGCAUCUGAAAAUAAGUGUUCUCAAGAGAAGCAUGACGCUCAGGAAGCUUUCUCAGACCAUCCUCUGCACGGGGACCCUGGGUCACAGCAGCCCUUCAGGAAAUUGCAGGAAGAGCAGGAGGAGCAUUCGGGCAGCAGCAGUGACCUCACAGUUUCUAUAAGCGAAGAUGAUCUGAUUUUAGAGACUCUAGAACCACAGUCAAAUCCAGCUGAUAUGAUGGAGGAAGAAGAUGGAAUAGAGGCCUUAAACCUAAUCCACUCUGAGCAAGAAAGAGACGCCCUAUCCGCUAAAAAACAGAAUUGUAUUGUGCAAACCGUAAGCUCUCUGGAUUCAAAAAAGGAGUCCUCCACUAACUUGCCAGCAAGAGAGGUGGCCCAGAGCCCAGAGCAGGACCUGAAUCCCAGGACACAAUUGGGUCAGCAUGUUGCCACCUUGAAAGGACAUGAUAAUUCUUCCCAAGAAGAGGCGGCAGCAGCACUGUGGAAGCACCUUCCAGAAGAAGAUGUGGAGAGGUCGGCUGGCAGUAGGAAGUCAUCCUGCAGCUCACCAUCUACCCUGAAUGCCAGCAGUGGAGUAAAGGAUGCAGAGCCCGCCCUGUGGCUCAGCAGUGGUCCUACAAGGAAAGAAGAAGGUUCAAAUGACUGCAGAGAGGAGAGUGCCGAAGAAAGCGAGGGAGCAAGGAUGCCCAUCACAGAAACAAAAGCCUACCAGAUGCUGAAGCAGUCCACCCUUCAGGACAGCGCCCGUCAGCAUGAAGCCAAAUCGCAGAAGGUGGCGGCCCCUGCCUCACAGCUGUUGGGUUUGAAUGUUGGCAGCGGCACCUUCAAGACAAAGACAGCUCCCCAAAUUGCUUCAGAAGCUAGUUUUUCAUCCAGCGAAGGAAGUCCUUUGUCAAGGCAUGAAAACAAAAAGAACCUAACUACCAAUUUAAAGUCUAAAGCCUUUUGGGGUGAGUCCGAUGACAGUAACUCAGACAUCGAAGCUGCUUUGCGUCCCAGAAACCAUAACACAUCCACUGAUGAUUUUGAUGAUUUUUAUGACUUAUAAACUGUAACAUCUAUUGGAAAUAAAGUGUUUAAGCAAACUCUAAAA